UGACUCUGACUUUUGUUUACAAGACACACAUGGUGCAACAGUGACAAGUGGGAAGGACGCUGGAAAGUUCGAAGAAAAUUAAGACUUGAAUCUCGACAUUUAUUGUCGGAGUUUUGUUGUCGCUGUGCCAGUGACUUAAAUUUGUCACUCACACAACUCCAGCUUAUCCCAUAUUUAGUGUCAAAAUGGCUGCCCAGCCAGAACUCAGCGAUGCUGCUGUGAAAUUUGUAAAUGAACUUGAAAUGGAAAUGAUGGUGGAUAUGUACAACAGAAUGACAGCAGCAUGCCAGAAGAAGUGCAUCCCUGCCAAGUACAAAGAACCUGAUCUUUCCAAAGGAGAGUCUGUGUGCAUUGAUCGCUGUGUUGCCAAGUAUUUAGAGGUGCAUGACAGAAUCGGUAAAAAACUGACUGCAUUAUCUCAGCAAGAUGAAGCCACCAUGAAGAAAAUGCAACAACAAGUGCAACCCACAGGGAACUAGUGUAUUAGCUGAGUGUUUUAGUGUAAACCAUGUUAUUGAAAGUAAGAUGUUUUGUUGUCUGUGAAAAAGACUGGACCAUGAGGGGAUUUCCCGUACAGUGCCACUUUUUGUCUUUGAACUGACUGCUUUCAUGAGAAGGUUACAGUUCUGCUGAGUGAAUGAAUUGCUUUGUAAGUGUAAGCUGCGGAAGAACUGCAGGAUGGAUUAUGUGGGUAUGUCCAGUGGAUCUAGUUAAUCAUUUUACUGUUUUAAUUACCAGCUCCUUGCAGAGUUUUAAGUAUUGAUAUUUUGAGCACUCACUUUCAAUUAAAUUUGGAUUUUCACUACAGUACACUACGUGUUCUAAGUUCAUUAAAUUCUCUCAAUGUCUUUCAUUCUCUUUCUUAAAAUUAAGUAGGAAAACCAGAAAGUAUGCUCCAUCGGUUUCAAAAUUGUUAGCCAAUAAUCUCAAGACUAAACCUGAAAUUGUGAGUGUAAGUAAGUUGUAAAAGGGUGAUCAGUAAUGCCAAUGCUAUCAGGUGAAUUCUAGAUUCAUCUUGUAAAUAAAAUUACAACAAUUCCUGAAAACUUUUCAUUGCAGAAAAUCAAAAUUUGUCGGAGUAGCAUGUUCUGAAGGAAGGAGCUUGCACCUGGUGCAAAUUAAUUUUUCUGUUUUUCAGGAUGGAUUGCAUCCAUUGUUGUAUGAUUCAUGAAAAAAUACUUUGCAAAAGAGAAGUUUUCAAAUGGUAGCCUACAUGAUAAAUAAUGUAUGAUUUAUUUUACAUUUAGUUGAAUACAUUAUUUUGAUGUUGUUAUGAACGAGUUAUAAUAGAACAGUAGAGUGAGUCUGGGCAGUGUCAACGGAAGUUGCCAGGGAGGGAUGCUUUAAAAACUAACAUUGGUCGAAUGGGCUGGAUCUGCAUGAUUGAGUGGGGAUUGCACACUCUCAAAUGAUUGCUUUGCUUCAUCGAAUUUUGCCUGGAAUUCCGAACGUUUCAACUUACUUUAAAUUUGUAUUCUGUCCAAAAGAAAACGAAAGACGAACAUGACCCAGCAAGGUAAUGUAUGAGACAUGGUAGCUUACUAAUUGGCUGUUGGACGAAAUUUUCAUCAAAUAAAUGCUACUCUACUUGUGACCUGGCACGGUUGAUUUUUCAAGGAUUGGAUCAGGCUGCAGUUGAUGGAAGGACCGUUUGUGAAGGAAAACCUUGCCACCUUCAAUGGAUCGAAAAAUAUAUUUAAUGUUUUGGAACUGGGAGGUUUUUAGUUAAUUAUUAAGUAGUAAGUACACAUGAAACAAUUGUCUCUAACUCUAACCAAAGUGUUGCAAGUCUUUUACUUUUAGUUUUCUUUUGUAAUUAGAUCUAGCAGGUUUUCUUUUCUGCACUGGAGGAGUUGACAAUCUGAUCUGUUACAUGUAGUAGAAACACCUCUUUUUAUUUUAAAUUCGGCCAGUGCCUUCAAUUGAUUUUCUUUCUUUUUUUUCCUCUUUUGUUAGAUAGAUCAAUGUAAUGGGCUGUUCAAAAUUUUACAGUCAGUGAUUUUUGUGCACAACUCCUAAUUACAAUUACAAUGUAAUUGAUGUUUUGCAUCGAGUGCCUGUUGAGUUUGAACGAAAGUUGUCAGGUUUUUCUUUUUCUGAAUCUGGUAAUGAGUGGAGUGUGAUGAUGACAUACUACGACGGAUUUGUUAUUAUAAUGAGUUCUUAUAUUUCUGUCACGCUUGUACUUGUAUAAUUUAUAGCAAAAUAAGGUAUGCAGGAUGUCUGUGUAAUAAUGUCCUAUUUAAUUUAAGUGGAUAUCUUUGUUUCAGAUUUCAUGUUUUUUAUUUCAUCCUUUUUAAAUAUAAUAAAGAAAUAAAAAGUUGAAAUAUAA